CCUCAAGUACCGAAGGUCGAGGCGUCUGUCGUCCCGGUGACCAGACCGCCAGCCACGUCGCCAGUUAAAACGGAGUGCACGGUGAAGAUGGAAAACACCGUUAAGACCGAGGAGUCCCCGUGUCCUCUAGUCGCUCUUCGUGUUCCUCCGUCUCAGAGUGAGCUGCUGUCCCAUCUCCCUCCUCUCCCCCCGACCCCUUUCCCUUCCUCCCUCCCCCUCGAGGCGGCCUCCUACUCCAUCCCCCAGAAGCCCCUUGUACACCUGGCCCGUAUCCGAAACCCUGCCCCGUGUCUGGUCAUCCACUGGAGGGUCACUGAGGAAGACGCCGCGGCGCCCGACAUGGACAGUUACAGUAUCUACAUCGCUCAGGAGAGUCAUAGCAGCAGCGUCUCCCCGUCCUGGAGGAAUGUGGGUGUGGUCAAGGCCCUGGCCCUGCCCAUGGCUGUCACGGUAACCAAGUACCAAUCGGGUACCACCUACGUCAUCGUGGUGGGCAAGGACCGGUAUGGUCGCUACGGACCGUACAGCGACGUACAGACUGUCCUCCUGGCAUAGAGACGUGGCUGGGAGUUCUGGUCGUCUAGAUUGAAGGCCACUUUCUCCCCCCCCUCUCCCUCCCUCCCUCCAGAGGUGAGAGUUGAAAGGUUACUGAGAUCUAGUGACCUGCUAGACUACGGGAAUUCUCUGUGCUACCAUCUAAAGAGGAACAGGAGGAGGCGAAUAAAAAUGAUUUUUUGUUGUGUGUUUUCAAUAGCAUUACCGAUCCGAUGAAACAUACUCAUCGACGCAUGUCCCAACUCAUUCCACGGAGGGGAGGGGGG